AUGGCGGCCAAUUACAUUAUAAACGUGCCGAAGUUGCGUGGUCGUGAGAACUAUGACGAAUGGGUGUUCGCAGCAGAAAACUUUUUAAUACUCGAAGGGAUGAUGAAGUGUAUCAGGACCGAACGAGAUGAAAGUGGUACAGAAGUUGUUGUAUCAGCUGCAGACGACGCGAAGACAAAGGCGAAGCUUGUACUCACUAUAGACUCAUCGUUAUAUGUUCAUAUCAAGACCGUUAAAACUACAAAGGAGCUGUGGGAAAAACUCAAGUCGCUCUUCGAUGAUUCUGGGUUUACUAGAAGGAUCAGUCUUUUACGAAAUUUGAUAUCUAUUCGAUUGGAGAAUUGCAGUUCCAUGACCUCCUAUGUAACGCAAAUAAUAGAGACGGGUCAGAAACUAUGUGGAACAGGAUUUGCAAUAAAUGACGAAUGGAUUGGUUCGCUGCUACUAGCUGGAUUACCAGAGAAGUUCUCUCCCAUGAUUAUGGCGAUAGAGCCUUCGGGCAUUCAAGUAACAACGGACGCCAUUAAAAGCAAGCUUCUAGACAUGGAAACCGGAAGUAUAGACAAUGUGGAUGGCGCGCUCGCAGUGUCAAGGAAAUACCAACAGAACAAGUCGAUAUCAAGUGCGUCUAUGAGUGGCAGUACUGGCAAAGAUGGCGUCAAAUACCAAAAUGAAAACGUCAAUUCGAAAACUGUCAGUGUCAGAUGUUAUCGAUGUAAACAAACUGGAUAUUAUCGAUCACAGUGCCAGAAUAAUCCCAAGUUCAACAAAAAUGCAGACCGUAAGCAGACUAAUGCGUUCUCAGCUGUAUUCUUAAGCGGCAGUUUCAACAAAACUGACUGGUAUAUUGAUUCCGGUGCUAGUGUGCAUUUAACUGCCAAUGUAGAUUGGAUCACUAGUAGAUAUCGGAAAGUUCAACAAGAAAUAAUGGUUGCAAAUCAAGAAACUGUUUGCGUUACGUGUGCUGGCGAUGUUAAGAUUGUAACCUCAGUUGAAGGCAGUGAAUUUGAAAUAAACAUUGAAGAUGUUACUGUGUACCAAACUUGA